UUCAACGUUCAAAGGCGCAAGACAAGCAAAGAAAUAGUGCUCAAUUCAAAUUCCCCUAUGCCCAUAAGCCCAUUGCCCCAUUUGACAAGCAAAAGCUAAUGUAUGCCAAUCUUUCACUAUCUUCACCAACUCCAAAACUGUGCCAAGCACCAUUCCCCGUGCUCCACCAAGCAACUCCAUGCCCACUUCAUCAAGCUUGGUCUAACCCACUCUUCCCCUGUACUCAACACUCUCAUUAACGUCUAUGCCAAAUGCAGCCUCCUUCAAGAAGCUAUCCAACUAUUCGAUGAAAUGCCCCAAAGGGACCAUGUUUCAUGGGCUACGGUUCUCACUGCUCACAACCAAGCCAACUUCCCCGACAAGACCCUCUCUCUGUUCCCCUCCAUGUUUUCACUUGACAGGCUGUUGCCUGACGAUUUUGUUUUUGCUAGCCUUGUCAAGGCUUGCGCUAGCUUGGGGGCUGUUAAGCUAGGCAAGCAAGUUCAUGCAAAUUAUUUGGUGUCCCCAUUUUUUGAUGAUGAUGUUGUUAAGUCGUCUUUGGUUGAUAUGUAUGCAAAAUGUGGGUUGCCAGAAGAGGGUCGAGUCGUUUUUGACUCUAUUAAGUUGAAAAAUAUGGCUUCUUGGACUGCUAUGCUAUAUGGUUAUGCUAGAAAAGGUAGAAAAAAAGAGGCUUUGGAGUUAUUUUUGAGGGUUCCUCUGAAAAAUUUGUUUGCUUGGACUUCCUUGAUAUCUGGGCUUGUACAGAGCGGAAAUGAGGUUGAUGCAUUUGGUUUGUUUAUUGAGAUGAGAAGGGAAGGGGUUAGUAUAAUUGACCCUCUUGUUCUUUCAAGCAUAAUUGGUGCUUCUGCUAAUCUAGCAAUGUUGGAACUAGGAAAGCAGGUUCAUGGACUUGUUAUAGGGCUUGGAUAUGAAUCUUGCAUGUUUAUAAGCAAUGCUCUUGUGGACAUGUAUGCAAAAUGUAGUGAUAUAUUGGCAGCAAGAGAUGUUUUUAGUAAGAUGUUGCAAAAAGAUGUUGUUUCUUGGACUUCAAUGAUAGUUGGGGCAGCUCAGCAUGGACAGGCUGAGGAAGCAUUGUCCUUGUACGAUAAAAUGGUUUCGCUUGGAGUAAAGCCUAAUGAAGUAACUUUUGUUGGAUUGAUAUAUGCAUGUAGCCAUGUUGGUUUAGUAAACAGAGGCCGUGAACUUUUUAAGUCCAUGACUGAGGAUUAUGGAAUUCAUCCUUCCUUGCAACACUACACCUGUUUGUUGGAUCUUCUUGGACGAUCUGGAUACCUUGAUGAGGCUGAGAAUAUUAUUAACUCAAUGCCAUUUAAGCCUGAUGAGCCUACCUGGGCAGCAUUGUUAAGUGCUUGUAAGCACCAUGGGAAUGCCAAAAUGGCUAUUAGGGUUGCUGACCAUCUUCUGAGCUUAAAACCUGAAGAACCUUCAUCAUACAUCCUGUUAUCUAAUAUUUAUUCUAGUUCCAGUUUAUGGGAACAUGCUUCAAAAGCAAGGCACUUGCUGGAAGCUAUGGACGUAAAAAGGGAUCCAGGUUAUAGCUACGUUGACUUUGGAAAAGAAAGCCAAGUGUUUUAUGCUGGGGAAACAUCUCAUCCCAUGAAGGCUGAGAUUUUUGGUUUGCUGAAGGUGUUGGAUGUAGAGAUGAGGAGAAGAGGUUAUGUUCCUGAUACUAGCAGUGUUUUGCAUAACAUGGAACAACAAGAGAAGGAGAGGCAACUAUUUUGGCAUAGUGAGAGGUUGGCUGUGGCUUAUGGGCUGCUUAAGGGUGUACCAGGAACAGUAAUAAGAAUAGUGAAGAAUCUUCGCGUAUGCGGAGAUUGUCACACCGUCUUAAAAUUCAUUAGCAACAUUGCAAAGAGAGAAAUUGUUGUCCGAGAUGCCAAGAGAUAUCACCAUUUUAAAGAUGGGAAUUGUUCAUGCAAUGAUUUUUGGUGAAUUAAUGAUUUGUUUGCAAUUUUCCUUUGCU